CCCGGCGCGAGGGCGUCACGUGACCCGGCGGCGGCGGCGGCCGGCGCGGUGGACGCUGGAGGCCCAAGAUGGCGGCGGAGCUGGUGGAGGCGAAGAACAUGGUGAUGAGUUUCCGAGUCUCAGAUCUUCAGAUGUUGCUGGGUUUUGUUGGCAGGAGUAAAAGCGGACUAAAACACGAACUAGUGACCCGAGCUUUGCAGCUGGUCCAGUUUGACUGCAGCCCCGAGGUGUUCAAGAAGAUCAAGGAACUCUACGAGACUCGCUACAACAAGAAGGGCUCGGAGGUGGCGCCGCCGCCGCCGGCGCCGCCCCGUGCCGAGGCGCUGGCCCUGCACUCCUCGUACGACCGCGGCAGCGCCGUGCCCCGGACCCUGCCCGCCGCCAGCAUCGACUACCCUGCCCUCUACGGCAAAUACCUGAACGGACUGGGCAGGUUGCCCCCCAAAGUGGCCAAGCCCGAGGUUCGCUUGGUCAAGUUGCCCUUUUAUACCACGCUGGACGAGCUGUUGAAGCCCACAGAGUUAGUUCCACAGAAUAAUGAGAAGCUUCAGGAAAGUCCGUGCAUUUUUGCAUUAACACCAAGACAAGUGGAGCUGAUCAGAAAUUCCAGGGAGUUGCAACCCGGUGUGAAAUCGGUUCAGGUGGUGCUCAGAAUCUGCUACACAGACACCAGUUCCCCCCAGGAGGAUCAGUACCCUCCCAACAUCGCCGUCAAGGUGAACCACAGCUACUGCUCCGUGCCGGGCUACUACCCCUCAAACAAACCCGGGGUGGAACCCAAGAGGCCUUGCAGGCCUAUCAACCUCACCCACCUCAUGUACCUGUCAGCGGCCACCAACCGCAUCACGGUCACCUGGGGCAACUACGGCAAGAGCUACUCGGUGGGGCUGUACCUGGUGCGGCAGAUGACCUCAGCAGAGCUGCUGCAGAGGUUGAAAACCAUCGGCAUCAAACACCCGGAGCUCUGCAAAGCGCUGGUGAAAGAGAAGCUACGCCUGGACCCCGACAGUGAAAUCGCCACCACCGGGGUCCGAGUGUCCCUCAUCUGUCCGCUGGUGAAGAUGCGCCUGUCGGUGCCGUGCCGGGCCGAGACCUGUGCACACCUGCAGUGCUUUGAUGCCGUCUUCUACCUACAGAUGAAUGAGAAAAAGCCCACAUGGAUGUGCCCUGUGUGUGACAAACCUGCCCCCUACGACCAGCUCAUCAUUGAUGGGCUCCUGUCCAAGAUCCUGACAGAAUGUGAAGAUGCAGAUGAGAUCGAGUACCUGGUGGAUGGCUCCUGGUGCCCCAUCCGAGCCGAGAAGGAGCGGAGCUGCAGCCCUCAGUGUCCCAUCCUGGUUCUAGGCUCCUCGGAGGUGAACGGGCUCCUGGCCACCCCCAACGGCACCGGCGAGAACGGCAAAGCCCCGGCGGACGUUGUGGAUUUAACACUGGACAGCUCAUCCUCGGAGGAGGACGAGGAGGAGGAUGAGGAGGAGGAUGAUGAUGAUGAGGGACCCCAGCCCAAACGACGCUGCUCUUACGAGAAAGGUUUAGUCUCUGCCUGCUGACUGCAGCCACGGCUCGGAAUUCCCAACGGACAGACUUGAAUACUCUGGUGCUUAUUAAACUGGAGGAGGGGGAGAACGUCCUCUCCCACCUCAUCUCCCUCCCUCCCUCAUCUCCUGUGACUUUCCUAUUCCAAAUUACUCAUUAAAACGAGAGAAAAAAGAAAAAAAAAAAAAAAAAAACAAAAAACGACACAAACAAAACAAAAAACAAAAA